CUCUGCUCCGCUCCACUCUGCUCCACCUUGAUGUUGUACUGCUGGAUAUACUGCUACUAUACUGCUUUUGCUCUUUAAUUUUGUUCUGCGAAGCCACCAUUUAGUUGUUUACUGUUAGUCGUCGCGAUUUCUGUCGUCUGCGGUUGCCCUUAAAAAUAAGAUAUAACUUAUUUUUUUUUUAAGAUAAAAAUCCGGAAAAAGCGCGUACGACGGGAUGUGAAGAAUUGUGUCUUUAACGACGAAAAUUUUUUUGUUUAUUAACUGCUUCGCCUUUCGCUCGUUUUUUAUUUAUCCUGUUUUUGAUUUUUGAUUUUUGCCAAAAUAAAAAAAAUAUAAAUAAAUAAUCUUAGAUCAAAUAAGUGGUGAAAUAAAAAAUUUUCAAGAAAGGAUACAAAGCAUAAUCUCGAGAGAUAUGCACUUUGAUCAAUUUCACAAUUGAACCAAUAAAUUCUAAACAAAAGAAAAAAGAAGUGUCGGUAACACAAACGGAGGAUCAACAGCGGUAAUUUGUUUGCCAUUUUGUCACAUCACGGCUCCUACGGGAAUUCAACACAAAUUCGCCGCGCCGUUGUGUGUUUGUUUCCAUAAACAAAGACCACUGUGAUCAAUUUUGACAGCUGACUUACGUCACAGCUGAUUUGAUUGUUGUUAUUUACACGAAGCGUGAUCAGAAAUUGCAUUGCAUCUUCGCCCGCUCGUUUCGAGUUCGAAAUUACAAAUUCGCCGUUGAAGAUCGAUAAAGUAGUGUCGCUGCUUAAAGAAGUUUUCGCAGUUUGUUUUUAUCAGAAUAAGACACAUUUUGUGUGUUCUGUUCGAUUUAAAGAGUGUAACGGAGUCAACGGAAGUUGACAGGUUGAUUUUAGGUUUCCGUGUGAUCGGUAAAAAGUUGUUUCAAUCAAAUUCGCCGUAAGUUUCUGAACAAGUGCAUUCAACGAUAAUUUUUAAGAAAAAAAUAAAUAAUUAUAAUCUGUGAUUUAAAAUAUUUGCACAUAAAAGUAUUAAUCAAGCAUUUGUUAUAAUAAUAAUUGUCCUUUUUCGAUAAAGUAGUUUGUUGUUAACGGCAGUUGUUGUCAAGUGUCAGUUGUAGUUGUCAUUUUAAAUUCUUUUUUGAAAAAUAGUUUUUCGUGCCGAAGAUAAGUGAAAACUGAAGUGAACUCUAAGCACCACAGAAAAAAAUAGGAAAAAAGGAAGCAAAGUGAAAAAAGUAUAAAAAGAUAGAAUCAAAUAAAAAUAAAGAACAAACCAAAAACAAAAAUCUCUGUAAUCAACUGACAUUCAUAUCGUUUCGGUUUCCUCUCUGAAUUGUGUCGUAUAACAACGCCGCCGCACAUUCACUCUUUGUAAACCGACCUACUUGCGCUAACAAACCAAAUGUACGCGUCUCUCCCAAACAACAGUGCUCAAGAUUUAUUCACUAAAAAAAUAUAAAAUCCAAAAAAAAAACCUUCAACAAAAAGAUAAAGUGCCUUCCAUUAUUUUGGAUUCUGUGAAACAUACAAAAUAAAAAAAAUCAACGACAAAAUUAAAAUAACCGAAAACAAAAAUUGUAACAUCUCUGCCAUCGCAUCGGCCGCAAGCACUAUUGCUGUGGGAAACGUCAACGAUGUGCAGUACGAAAUGUUGUCGUAUGCCAACUCUGCUUGUCAUUGGUAUAACGAUAACAAUAGUCCUUGUCUUUAUCACUGGCAUCACUUUGACAAACAGUCUCAACAUAUCGAAUAUAAUUAAGCUUCGUGAGAAGGUGGCUAGUGAUUCGGUGAGUGCUAGCGCCCAUCACCACAACAAUCAGGGACGGGAUUAUAAUUUGCUAGCGACAAAUCAUCCGAAAAAUUUAAAUCGCAAUAAAAUUGUUAUCGAAAUCGGUUUAAGGAAUUACAGUGAAUCGAAUGAUGGACCGAUAAAUGCGGCCGCCAUUGGUGGCGGGAAUAUCGAUUCGAUUGUUUUGAGUUCAAAUGCAAAUUCGAAUUCGAAUACUAAUGCGAAUGGUGGUGGUGGUAUGAUAAUGGCGGAUGCUUCGGCAUCUCCAUCUUUAUUGCUGUCAUCGUUAUCGUCAGCGUCAGUUUCAUCGCCGUCUUCAUCAUUAUUUAGUGAGAGUGAAACACAAAAGACAGAAGCAGAAGCAACGCCAAUGGUAGCAGAAGAAGAAGUUGGUGAAAUUGUGGCAGCUGUGUUGUCGAACAGAGCUAGAAUAGCGCGGGAAAAUCAGUUGGAUAUAUCCGAUCGUAAUCCAGCAAUGAUUGAUUUCGAAAAGCGAGAAGUUGUUAAAAAGAUGAUGAUCCAUGCCUGGCAGAACUACAAACUCUACGCGUGGGGCAAGAACGAAUUGAGACCGCUCAGUCAGCGAGCACAUUCAGGCAGUAUAUUCGGAAGCUAUGAUCUUGGGGCAACCAUUGUUGAUGGCCUUGAUACACUGUACUUGAUGGGUCUUGAGAAGGAAUACCGUGAAGGACGUGAUUGGAUCGAGAGAAAAUUCUCAUUGGACAAUAUCUCAGCAGAUUUGUCUGUUUUCGAGACGAAUAUACGUUUUGUUGGUGGUCUUUUAACCCUCUACGCUUUCACCGGUGAUCCAAUGUACAAAGAAAAAGCUCAACAUAUAGCCGAUAAAUUAUUACCUGCCUUCCAAACACCAACUGGUAUUCCAUACGCAUUGGUCAAUGUCAAGACCGGAAUGAGUAAAAACUAUGGCUGGGCAUCGGGUGGUAGUUCGAUUUUGUCCGAAUUUGGAACAUUGCAUUUGGAAUUCUCGUAUUUGAGUGAUAUCACUGGAAAUCCAUUGUAUCGGGAACGAGUUCAGACAAUUCGACAGGUGUUGAAAGAAAUUGAAAAACCCAAAGGACUCUAUCCAAAUUAUUUGAAUCCAAAGACUGGAAAAUGGGGACAACUUCAUAUGUCACUUGGUGCUUUAGGAGAUAGUUUUUAUGAAUAUUUGCUCAAGGCUUGGCUACAAUCUGGACAAACCGAUGAAGAAGCACGACAAAUGUUUGACGAAGCCAUGACAGCGAUUAUUCAGCGUAUGGUUAUGACAAGUCCUAGUGGAUUGACUUAUGUUACUGACAUGAAAUUUGAUCGUCCUGAAAAUAAAAUGGAUCAUUUGGCCUGUUUUGCUGGUGGUCUAUUUGCCCUUGGAGCGAAUACAAGACAAAAUGAACAUACUGAAAAGUUCAUGGAAGUUGGAAGGGGCCUAACGAAUACAUGUCACGAAAGUUAUAUUCGAACUCCAACAAAACUAGGACCAGAAGCUUUUCGUUUUGGAGAAGCAGCUGAAGCUCGUGCAAUGAAAUCUCAAGAAAAAUACUAUAUUCUUAGACCAGAAACAUUUGAAAGUUAUUUUAUUCUUUGGCGACUGACCCACGAUCAGAAGUAUCGUGAUUGGGGUUGGGAAGCGGUAGAGGCCUUAGAGAAACACUGUCGGACACCGCACGGUUAUUCAGGAUUGAAGAACGUGUAUCAAGAUGUACCACAAAAAGAUGAUGUACAGCAGAGUUUCUUCCUUGCUGAAACAUUAAAGUACCUGUACCUGCUGUUUUCCGAUGACUCACUGUUACCCCUAGACGAAUGGGUAUUCAACACUGAGGCACAUCCCCUACCCAUCAAGGGUGCCAACAUUUACUACCGCAUGGCGACAACAUCAUCGUCGGUGCCUUCAUCAAAUACACCUUAAGGCGAUUCUCCAUUAGUUGUAAUUUACAAAUUAGGUCCAUUAAUACAAUUAUUUAUGCAUCUCUAAGUAUGGUCUGGCUAAAACGCUAAACCAAUGACAGAAAAUACAAAAAGAAAAUCCAAUCAAAUCAAACGACGACGAUGAUUAUGAUGAUUUGUGGUAUUUUUUUGUUUUUAAUUUAAAUUAGUUUUCCGUCGUUAAAUUUGUUGCAUAAGAAAAUACCAGAUACAAAAACAACAACAACAAGUAAAGUUCGCGGUCGUUUCCGCAAUAUUGUGUUCUUGAUAUAAACAAAACAAAAUGAUAUUUAAAAUAAAAUUAUAAUAAAAUAAUUAACAAUAAUAGAAAAACAACAGAAAUAAUAACAACAACAGUGAAGUGAUAUGAUGUGUGUGUAAAUAUUGCUGCAAGAGACAGUCUCAGGGCAUAUUCUUGAGACCCCCUUCUUCCCCUCUUGACACAUUUCUUUAUUUUUAUUUAUAAUUAUUAUAAAUAAACUUUUAUUUAAGUUUGUUUUUCUUUUAUAUUUUUGUCUUGUUAAGUUGCAUUGUAUUAAAGCUAAAUCGAAUAUUAGUUUAUUCUUUUAUCUUCUUCUGUUUUUCGUGAUCAUUUUUACAGGCAGCUUUUAUUCUGAAUUGUUAAUAAUUUGUUUUUAAUUUUAAUUGAAUGCUGUUACUGUUUUAAUAUUAAACAAACAAAAAAUUAAAUAUAAAAGAAAAAUCUUGACUCUGGGGUACUCAUUAUGCGUAAGCGUGUGAAUAAACUAUAUAGGACUUACCGUUAUCUUUAUAUCUACAUUAUAUUAAUAAAAUAACUUAGUAAUCUCAUAGAUGUGUAUGAAUUUAUAAAUAUGUAAUACGAAAAAUCACUUUUUGGGAAAUUUUCCUAUUUUUACAUCAAUUUUAUUUUUUUAAUUAAUUAAUUGCAUGAUUGUAUAAUGAAUAAACAAAGAAUCAUCAUAAGAAAAUUAGUUAAUAAAACUUUUAAAUAAAUUUAAAAAAAAGUAAAAAAAAAAAACAAAAAUUCUCAAUUGUAAAUAUAAUAAAAAAUAAAAAUAUAAAACAAAACAAAAAGUAAAUCAAAUAUAUUUAAAUAUUUAAAGUAAAAUGUACUCGUUUUCUGUUUUGUUUCUUACUUAAUAAUAAUGUUUUUUUGUUUGUUUUAUAUUUGUUUAGGUAAUUCAUAUAAUUAUAAUGUUAAUUGCAAUUACAAAACAAAAACACAAAAUUUAAAUUAAUAUGUAAUUGUUGAUUGAGCGACCAUUAAAAUGAAACAAAGAAGCAUAUUUGUAAUUUAUAGUUUGUAAAAUUAAAAAACAAAAAAAAAAACUUUUGAAAAAUAAUAUAAACAAAAUUCCAAGGGAUAUAAAUUUAAUUCAAAUAUUUAUAUAUACAUUAUAAAAAAAGGUAAUUACAAAAAUUUACGAAAACAAAAAUGGAACAGAUAGUUUUUAAUGGAUCACCAUAAGAAUUUUAUAAUAAUUAUUAAAAAAAAAAAACAAGAUUUAUUAAGUAACAAGUACAAGAGAGUUAGGAAAAUUUUAAUCAAAGAUAAAGAAAACAAAAAUAAGAACAACAAUUUUAAAAUAUAUAUAACAACUUGUGUAAAUUAAAAGAAAAAAUCUACAUUAAUAAAAACUGAAAAACUUAA